AUGAAACUUCCUAAGCCGGAAAAGCUCGUGAACUUCCAGUCGCUUCCUAGCGGCGCCUGGCCGCUCUGCCCCUUGAACUUGUUCAUGUCAGGAGGGAACGCACGAGAGGACGAGGACGAGGACGAGGACGAGGACGAGGACGAGGACGAGGACGAGGAUGAGGACGAGGACGAGGACGAGGACGAGGACUAUGAGCAUGAGGAAGAGAACGUGAGAGCAGGAACGAAGUUGACAGAAGAGGUUGGAAACUGGAGCAAAAUGAUGACGUAG